AUGUCAGUACAGUCAGUAAUGGACGUCCUCAGGGACAUUCAGGCCAACCCCACAGACGCAAAGGCCAUGGAGCAGCUCGUCAAACAGGUGUCUGCUCUCGAGGCGGCCUCAAAGACCCCUGCCCAGACUACAAAGACCCUCACCCCACCCAUGUUGCCAGCAGACGACGAGGACACAGAAAUGGAGACAGACAAGCCCUUUGUCACGCCUCUGUCGCCCCCCAAAUACGAGGGACGAGUCAUUCUCACCACCUACCCCGGACAGAGUGGCGUCAAGCCCAUUCCUCUAAGAUGGGGCGCAGAGGACCCCAAGGUGCGAGGUCCCAUUGUUGUGGCCCGUGAUCAAUCGUCGUUCAAGCAGCGAAAUGCCAUCGGAGCCCACCACGGAUCGUAUGGUAUCUACCACGCACUGGCUGUUGCCACCAACGACCUGCCCGUUACACACAGAGCAGACUAUACCAACGCCUAUCCUCUGCACACCUUUGGACCCCACCCCCAAUGGUCCGACCCCAAGAAGAUUGUGGCUAUGGACCCUUAUGGUCAUCUAGCUCCCUGGCUCUUUCAUGAGACGAUCGCGGAAGGAGUUGUAGUCAAGCCCACCAUCGCUGUUACUCGUGCGCAGAUGCAACUAGCCGAAAUCAGAGACGAGGUCAGAGACGGAACCAUGGAGGUUGAUGGCGAAAUUGUGCUCAAUAAGAGCGGAGAUCUCGCGGUCACCAAGGUGGCCGUGGAGCCCGUGUGGUAUCUGCCCGGAGUCGCCGAGCGAUUCGGAAUCACGGAGGGGGAGCUUCGACGUGCCCUGUUCGAGGACACUGGAGGAAUGUACCCCGAGCUGGUUACCCGACCAGACAUCAAGGUCUUCCUACCUCCCAUCGGAGGCCUGACGGUGUACAUUUUCGGCGACCCAGACCGAGUUUCGGACCCCUCCAAGAAGUUGGCUCUCCGAGUCCAUGAUGAGUGUAACGGAUCCGACGUGUUUGGCUCCGAUAUCUGCACUUGCCGACCCUACUUGACCUUUGGUAUUUCCGAAGCAGUCAAGGAGGCCCAGAAGGGUGGCUCGGGAGUGGUCAUCUACUUCCGAAAGGAGGGACGAGCUCUGGGCGAGGUGACGAAGUACCUAGUGUAUAAUGCGCGAAAGCGAGGAGGCGACUCAGCUGCCACGUACUUUAAGCGAACGGAGAACAUUGCCGGAGUUAAGGAUAUGCGAUUCCAGGCACUGAUGCCCGACAUUUUGCAUUUCCUGGGUAUCCAGAAGAUUGACCGAAUGCUGUCCAUGUCCAACAUGAAGCACGACGCCAUUGUGGAGCAGGGUAUCCCCAUCCACGAGCGUGUGCCCAUUCCCGACGAGAUGAUUCCUCCGGACUCUCGAGUCGAGAUCGAUGCCAAGAUUGCGGCUGGCUAUUUCACCACCGGCGCCGUCAUGUCUGAGGAGGAGCUCAGUGGCGUCAAGGGUCGAACCUGGGACGAUGUUGUGCAUUAA